UUCGACAAGAAUAGGUCUCAGUUAUUUGUAUCCAUAGGGGUUCUUCUCCUAGCGCACCGGUGACUACAUUAUAACACUAAUCCUUAGCAUUACGUCUCUCCGUCUGCUGUAUUUAAUGGGCUUUUACUCGGACAACCCACAGUAUUAUUAGACACUUGUUUUUAUUGUGCACUUGACUGCAGGUUUCUGUAUUCUGCAGGAUGUCUUACCCGCCUCCUCUCAACCGCCAGCAGAUUGGGAUCCCGCAGUUACCCCCCAGAAUCCCCCCUCCACAAUAUGCAGGCUUCGCCCCGGGAGUCCCGCCAGGCACUCCCAUGAUUCCUGUUCACAUGGGUGUAGUGACCCCCACGCCCACAGUUCUGGUCCCAACCACAGUCACUGUCGUGCAGAAGCCAAUGAUUCCAAAGAAGGACCCUGGAAGCAUCAGAGGGAAGGAUGCGGACGACAGCAGCGGCCCCACCACCACGGUGUUUGUAGGCAACAUCUCUGAAAAGGCAUCUGACAUGUUGGUCAGGCAGCUUUUAGCGAAAUGUGGUAUUGUUCUAAGCUGGAAGAGGGUCCAAGGAGCCUCUGGGAAACUUCAAGCUUUUGGCUUCUGUGAGUAUAAGGAGCCUGAGUCCACACUACGAGCCCUCAGACUUCUGCACGACCUGCUCUUAGGUGAUAAGAAGUUGCUGGUCAAGGUAGACGCCAAGACCAAGGCCCAGUUAGACGAGUGGAAGGCCAAGAAAAGGAGUGCCAACGGGGGAGGCAGCGGCGAAUCCAAAAAUGGGGACGAAGAUGAAGAGGAAGUUCUUGACGAGGAGACCCUGCGUCGGGACCAGGCUGUGAAGGGGGCAGUGGACGUCCUCAUCCGAGAGUACGCGAGUGAGCUCAACGCUCCCUCGCACGACCCCGACAGUCAACCUCGCAAGAAGAGGAAAGAGAAGAAAGAGGAGGACAUCAAUGCCAUGGAGAUGGAGGAUGACAAGAGAGACUUGAUUUCCAGAGAGAUCAGUAAAUUCCGCGACACUCACAAGAAACUGGAGGAGGAAAAAGGAAAGAAAGAGAAGGAACGCCAGGAGCUGGAGAAAGAAAGGAGAGAGAGGGACAAAGAGCGGGAGCGCGAGAGGGAGCGACGCGACCGUGAGAAAGAGAAGGAGCGGGAGAGGGAGCGGGACAAGGAGCGGGAGAGGGACCGGGACCGCGACCGCGAACGGGAGAGGGACCGGGAGCGCGAGAGGACGAAGGAGCGCGAGAGGGAGAGGGAGAGGGACAGGAGUCGAGACGCCAGCGAAGCCCGGAGCCGCUCGAGAGAGAGGACUAGAGAAGAUAAAAAACGCGACCGUGAAGAAGAUGAAGAGGACGUCUAUGAACGGAGGCGACUCGAACGAAGGCUUCGAGACAAGGAGGCCGCCUACCAAGAACGCCUGAAAAACUGGGAGAUCCGUGAGAGGAAGAAGUCUCGUGACUACAGCAAAGAAACAGAGAGGGAGGAUGAGAGGCGUCGGGAAAUGAUGAAAGAAGCCAAGCGACUGAAGGAAUUCCUUGAAGAUUACGAUGACGACAGAGACGACCCGAAAUACUACAGGGGCAGCGCUUUGCAGAAACGACUUCGUGACCGAGAAAAGGAGAUAGAGUUGGAUGAGCGAGACCGGAAGAGGGAGAAAGAGGAGCUGGAGGAGAUCAGACAGAGGCUCCUCGCUGAGGGUCACCCUGAUCCUGAUGCCGAGCUGCAGAGGAUGGAGGAGGAGGCCGAGCGCAGACGACAGCCUCCUCUGAAGCUGGAGCCUGAGGAAGAUGUGAACCAGGAGAAAGCUCACAGGGAUCGAGACAGGGACCGGGAUCGAGACAGGGAUCGGGAACGGGAAAGAGAACGGGAGCGCGAGCGUGAACGUGAGAAGAGAGGGUCGGGACGGCCCGUGGAACCGGCGCCCCGAGGCCCACCGCCGCAUUCAGACGACGACGUGGAGGAAGGGGAGGAGGAAGAAUUCCACGACGCCGAGGACUCGCAAGAGGCCAAGCCCCAACUCAAACCCAUCAUGCGACCAAUCACCACCGCUCCCUCUGUGUCUUCUGCCAGCGGGAACGCGACUCCAAACACACCCAUCAGCGAAUCUCCCUGCGGCAUCAUCAUUCCAGGAGAAAACACCCCCGAGGUGCAGCCUCCAGAGGAACACCGGCCCAAGAUCGGCCUCAGUCUCAAACUGGGCGCCACCAACAGCCCCAGUCAGCACAACGUUGCGAAGCGGAAGAAGCUGGCGAGCGUGGAAAGCGUCUUCAACAAGUUUGACGACGAGGAGGCGGACGAGCAGCCUCGCAAACGGAAACUGGUUCCGCUGGAUUACGGCGACGAUGACAAGAGCCUGGGGCUGGACGGGGCAGAGAUUUCAGCCAAGGGCAACAUCAACACGGAGGAGAAACGCAAGCACAUAAAGAGCCUCAUAGAAAAGAUCCCCACCGCCAGGCCGGAGCUCUUCUCUUACCCUCUGGACUGGACUAUGGUUGACUCGACUCUGAUGGAUCGCCGCAUCAGACCGUGGAUUAAUAAGAAGAUUAUUGAAUACAUUGGCGAGGAGGAACCCACUCUGGUUGAUUUCGUCUGUUCUAAGGUGAUGGCACACAGCACCCCUCAGGGUAUUCUUGAUGACGUUGCUAUGGUGCUCGAUGAAGAAGCAGAAGUCUUCAUAGUGAAAAUGUGGAGGUUAUUGAUAUAUGAAACAGAAGCCAAGAAGAUAGGACUGGUGAAAUAAAGACCACGUGCAUCUGUGACUGACUUCUCCAGUUCUCCGUCGUGCUGCCUACAGCUCUGUGGUCCAUCAGACUGUAAACGUGCCCCCGCGCCCCUCGAUUCUUGGUUCCAUCAGCAAGGAGCUGCUUCCUUGUAUGUGGGUUUGCACAAAAACAUACUGCAUGAUUUAAAAUAAAAAAUAAAAACUUUGGUUGUAUUUUUUUUUCUCUUUUUUUUUUUUUUUCUCGCCCUUUGUUGAUACCGUUGAGGAAAAUGGCGGUUGCAUUUCAUCCAUCUGUUCUCCAGUAUGUUGGACACAUUCUGCUAGUUGAUUUACUGGUGUUGUGUGGAGGCACUUCUCCGCUGUGUGAACUAAUAAAUAUGCUUUUUUUUUUAA